AUGCGAAAAUUUAAUAUUAGUACACAUUUAAGCGGCGCUGAUUUAGAUUAUACACCGUCUCUUGUUCUCUUACCGGUCGAUUUUGCAUUGGAAUAUCCUCGACCUGUUUUACCCAAUGUUAAAAUUGUAGGUCCUUUAACACCUAGACCAGCUUCACCAUUGCCAAGUGAUCUUGAAAAGUUUGUUAACGAAUCGCCUCAAGUCGUCCUGGUAUCAUUUGGUACUAUAUUAGACAGUCUAUCUGACGAAAAAAUUGCUAUAUUGCUUGAAGCUUUCAAUAAACUACCCUAUAAGAUCUUAUGGAAAAGUAAGAAUGUUGAUUUAAAAACUGGUAAAAACGUUAAAAUCGUCAAAUGGUUUCCUCAAAAUGAUUUACUUGGUCAUAACAAUGUUGUCGCUUUCGUAACACAUUGUGGUCAUAAUAGCAUGUACGAAGCUGCGUAUCAUGGCGUUCCAGUUAUUGGUAUGCCAGUAUUUGGUGAUCAACCCGAUAAUUUACAGCAACUGUUGCGAAGAGGAGUAGCAGUCGGAUUAAAUACUGGUAAUUUGACUGUCGAUGGAGUUAUAAAUGCUAUUAAAACAGUUGUUACAGACGAUCGGUACAGUCAGAAAAUGAAGGAACUAUCUAUUGCAAUUAAGAGUCGACCUAGAACACCUUUACAGACAGCAGCAGAUUGGAUCGACUACGUAUUAAUUAGCAAUGGUGCUAAACAUUUAAGAGUAGAGAAAUAUAAUCUCAAUUUUAUACAAUAUUACUUAAUCGACGUUUGUUUUGUUAUUUUAUCUAUAAUAUACAUUAUUUUUAAGAUAUUUCAGUUUACUUGUCGUAAAUGUUGUAGACGACAGUCAAAAAGUAAGAAGGAUUAA